CUAUGCGGCCACACUGGCCAGGUGAACCCCGGGCCCUUUUUUCCGUACCCUGCUCCGAGACCCGAGAUCCGUGGCCUGCAUAUUCUUCUCCAACCAGGCCUCUCUUAGCUUGGUUCACCACAGGCUAUUUGCUACAUGUUUAACCGCUUCGUCCUGAUUUGAUGAAGUCGCUAGAACUGCGCAGAAACCCUACAGUCAUGGUGUGACGAUCCAUACUAUCGGCGCCGACAGCGUUGCCUCCUCUGCGGAAGCGACAGAAUGCGCGCUGCCAUUGAAAUUCCAUGUACGGAGAACACGCGGGCUGAUUGCUUCUGGCCAGUGGCCACGCGACCACAGACUGUGGGGUGCAGAACCUGGAGUUGAUGGGGCUAGGAGCCGAAGCAACUAUAAAAGAGCAGAUGGGUCCGAGUGUGCUCAAGUUUUGCUGAUCAGUCCUAGGCUCAGCGUUCCAUUGACUUUACUAAGGCGCACGACUACAUCCCAGGUCUACUUGCCAUGCAGCAACAGGAGAAGACCCUCGACGAACAUGUCGAGCUCGCACGAGAAGAGCUGGGCGUGUACGGAGAUCUCGAAGUCCCUCCCUUUUUCAGGGAGCAAUCAUGGGAUCUUUCUCGACUGACAGUGUCGGCUCAGGCGGCCAUCGACCAUGAACACUCCUUGACCUUCCGAGAAGCAGUCAAGCACUACCCCUGGGCCAUCUUCUUCUCCAUUGGUAUUUCGACAACGCUCGUCAUGGAGGGGUAUGACACAGGCCUCAUCAGCUCUUUCUUUGGCUUGCCUCAAUUUCGACAAAGGUUCGGCCAUCAAUUGCCUGACGGAGAUUACCAACUUUCUACCGCCUGGCAGUCGGCCAUCUCUUCCAUGGCCAGUGUGGGAGGCAUCUUUGGACUCCUGUUCGCGGGUCAGGUUGUUGACAGGAUCGGGUACCGAUGGACCAUGUUCAUCGGUCUCUUCUGGCUGUCUGCGUCCAUCUUUUUGACGUUCUUCGCCAAAAAUGUUAGCAUGCUGUUCGCCGGAAACAUGCUCUGUGGUGUUCCAUGGGGUAUGUUCCAGUCUGUGGCAAGUUCCUACGCCACGGACGUUGCUCCUCUGACGCUCCGACCGCUCAUGACAAGUUACAUCUCCCUCUGUUGGGCUAUGGGUCAAUUCAUCUCGACUGGUGUCCUUCGAAGUCUCCUAUCUCGACAGGACCAGUGGGCGUACAAGAUACCAUUCGCAAUCCAGUGGAUAUGGCCGAUUCCUCUCGGUCUGAUCACCUUCUUCGCUCCAGAAAGUCCUUGGUGGCUUGUUCGCAAAGGUCGCAUGAACACUGCCCGAAAAGCCCUGCGUCGACUGGGUUCCAACAGAGUCACUGACGCUCAACUCGACAACGCCAUCGCAUUGAUGUAUUUGACAAACGAGCACGAGAAAGAGAUCGAGAAGGGGACCACGUAUCUGGAACUUUUCAGGGGCAUCAACCUGCGGCGCACAGAAGUGGCAGUCGGAGCCUGGAUCUGUCAGGUCACCUGCGGCAACUGGUUCGGCGGAAACGUCACGUAUUUCAUGGAACAAGCUGGAGCGUCCGCCUACACUGCAUUUGCUUUUGGUCUCGGUAUGAACGCUGUAUCCUGCAUCGGUACUGUCUCCUCAUGGUUCUUGACACCUCGGGUUGGCAGACGUCCAAUGUACUUGUGGGGUCUGAUCGGGAUGUUAAUGACCUUGUUGACCGUCGGAUUCAUGGGUAUUCCUUCGCAUGCCACAAAUGGGAUCCAGUGGGCUUCUGGGGGAGUGCUGAUCGUCAACAUGCUACUCUACUUCCUCACGGUCGGCCCGGUAUGCUUCACGAUUGUGCCAGAAGUCCCGACCGUUCGACUGCGCAACAAGACCGUCUCUGUUGCACGCGCUGCGUACAACAUUGUCGGUAUCGGAGCGAGCUUCUUGAAUCCGGCCAUUCUGAACCCUGGAGCGUGGAACUUGAAGCAGAAAGGUGGCUUUAUAUGGAGUGCUUUCGCCAUACUUUCUGUCGUCUGGGUCUACUUCAGACUCCCAGAGACCAAGGGAAGGACACCCAUCGAACUCGACGCUCUCUUUGAGCGCAAGGUCAAGACGCGCGAUUUCAAGACUGCUAAUGUCGACACAACCGUCGUUGCUGAUGUCCCUGUUGCUCGCGCACAGGAUAUCAUCACUCAGGAGAAGCCUUAGACAAGAGCGGACGCGGCAAGCAGGCGCAAGCAGGCGCAAGCAGUUGAGGUUCUAGUGACUCUGAUAGCAUACUCAAAUUGACCAACUCAUUGUUUACCACUUCUCUGCCUCCUGCUAUC